CCAGUCAGCAAAUCUUUUCGUGGCAUACGGGGUCUUAUUUUUUGUCACGUGACUCGUUCUCAGCCAUCUUGUGGAAAACGGAGAGAGACACACACUACUCGAAUACAAAACCUGUGCUAUCAUUAAAAGUAGAGAACUUCAAGGAAGAAUGGCAGAAACUCAGACACUUAACUUUGGACCAGAAUGGCUCCGAGCCUUGUCUGGGGGAGGAGGUGGGGGCAACAGUGCUGCUGUUGCCUCACCACCGCUCUCACCUGCUUUGCCAAAGUAUAAACUUGCAGACUACCGUUAUGGGAGAGAAGAGAUGUUAGCACUUUAUGUAAAGGACAACAAGAUCCCUAUAGACCUGCAUGAUAAGGAAUUUCUGCCCAUUCUACAAGAGGACCCCCUGCCUCCACUGGCACUUGUACCUUUUACAGAGGAAGAGCAGAGAAAUUUUUCCAUGUCUGUAAACAGUGCAGCUGUCCUCCGAUUGACGGGUCGAGGAGGAGGUCCGGUAGUAGGGGCACCGAGGGGUCGAAGUACCUCACGGGGACGUGGUAGAGGAAGGGGAGACGGAGGUUUUUACCAAAGAAGCUUUGAUGAUGUGGAAGGAGGAUUUGGCCGUGGAGGGAGGGAAAUGCAUCGUUCCCAGAGUUGGGAGGAGAGGGGAGACAGAAGGUUUGAAAAGCCAGGUCGAAAAGACCCAGUAGAAGCUGUCCCAGGCCACUUCCAGCUGAAUCACAUCCGGGCCAACUACGAGGAGAGCGUCACUGGCCUGCCUAAGAAGCAUGACUUCACACGCUCAGAGAGUGAGAACUGGCGCAUGUCUCGCGAUGAGCAGAAUGGUGAGGACGAUGAGGGGGGCUGGCGUCUGGCAGGUUCGCGAAGGGACAGUGACCGGUGGUGCCCCCCGAGUCCAGACGGCCCUCGAUCUGCAGGGUGGCGGGAACAUCCUGACCAGCAACAGCGUCGUCGGUUCCCCUUUGACGCACGGGAAGAUGAGCGGGGGUACCGACGUCCACGGUCAGGCAGUGGGAGCCUAGAGGACGAGAGGGACAGCCUGCCGGAGUGGUGUCUGGAGGAUGCAGAGGAGGAGACGGGCACCUUCGACUCCUCAGGGGCCUUCCUUUCUCUUAAGAAAGUCCCCAAGGAGCCAAUACUGGAGGAGGCUGAACUUGACUUCAGACCCCUUGAGGACUGUGAGGAGCAGCUAGAAGAGGAGGAGGAGGAGGAGGAGGAAGGAGAGCCCCGGGAAACCAAAGAGACAGAUACUGAGGCCCAAAGAGGGGCAGAGAGGAAAGCGGUUUCAGGUGUGGGGAGGGUAGACGAAGAGGCACCUUCUCCCUUGGUCCAAGAGCCCCAGCCCCCAAGUCUACACAGCCGGCCAGAAGAGCCAGAACCACUGGAGAGGACAGAGAGACCCCCUGCCCCAGAGCCUCAGCCCGAGCCCAGUAAAGCCUCCAUGCAUGUCCCUAUGUCCAACAGCAUCCUUGAGCCCAUCACACACACCAACACUUACACAGAAGUCUUGGCCCCGUCACCCAGCAUACAACAGGAAAAAGCCUUGGAGGUUCCUUUGGCCAUGUCCACACCAAACAAACUCCCUUAUAAUACAGGCAUCAUGGCCCCCAUCUGCAGACCAAGUGCUAUGCCACAAGACGCUGAUGAAGAUGAGGGACUCAAGCACUUCGAACAGGAGGCUGAGAAAAUGGUGGCAUACCUGCAGGAGGGUGCUGUGGAGGAUGACAGGCUGGCUGGCAAGACCUUGGAGAGAGCCAAGCCUGCAGGCCUGCCACUCACCCAUGAGGCUGCACUCAAGUGGUUCUAUAAAGACCCCCAGGGAGAAAUGCAGGGGCCAUUCAGUAACCAGGAGAUGAGUGAGUGGUUUCAGGCAGGUUAUUUCACCAUGACCCUUCUUGUGAAAAGGGGCUGUGAUGAGGUAUUUCAGCCCCUGGGAGAAAUCAUUAAGAUGUGGGGUAGGGUACCCUUUGCCUUGGGCCCCGCGCCACCUCCCCUGCAGGGUGAUGGGGAUCAGGAGAGGUUGAAAAGGCAGCAGGAGCUCACUGCCCUAAACCUCUACCAGUUACAGCAGCUUCAGUACCAGUAUCUCCUCAGGCAGCAGUAUGCCCAGGCCUUGGCCCAGCAGAAGGCUGCAGCUCUCAGCUCAGCUCCUCUUCAGCAGCAGCAGCAACAGCAACAGCAGAUCAACCUGCUUCUGCAGCAAUACCAGGCCCUUAAGAUGAGAACCUCUGAAAGCCUCCAACCUACAGUCACACGGUCUGUGUCAGUACCGGACUCCUCCGGUUCUGUUUGGGAAAUGCAAAACCCAUCCACGCAACCCUCCUGCACACUCAACCUCCAGCCCAAUGCGUGGGAGGGCAGCAGUGUGUGGGACCUGCCCAUUGACUCUAUGGCCCAGGCUCCCACCAUAGAACAGAUGCAACAGUUGGAGAAAGCUAAGGCUGCUAAGUUGGAACUAGAGAGGCGUGAGGCUGAGAUAAAGGUCAAGAGGGAGGAAGAGGAGAAGAAACGUCUGGAGGAGGUGCUACGGGCUAGACAGGAGGAGGAGCGUAAACGCCUUGAGGGGGAGGAAAUGGCACAACAUAAACAGGAGGAAGCACUGAAGAGACAAAGGGAGCUUGAGGAGGCACAGCGCAGACAGAAGGAGGAGGAGGAAAGGCUUGCUCAAGAAGAGGCACUGCAGAGACUGGAGGAGAGAAGGCUGGAGGAGGAGAGAAAGCAAAAGGAAGAGAUGCUCCACAAACGGGAAGAGGAGCGCAAAAAGCUGGAGGAGCUAGAGGCAAUGCGAAGGCGGGAGGAAGAAAAGCGAGCUGAGGAGGAGGAGGCGGCUGCAGCAGCCCGCCAACAGCAGGAGGAGCAGAAGAGGAGAGAGCAGGAGGCUCACCGGCAGCAGGAGCUGCAGAGACAGAGGCAACAACAGCAGGAGGCCCUGAGACGCUUGCAGCAACAGCAACAGCAACAGCAGCUGGCACAGAUGAAGCUUCCCUCAUCCUCCAAAUGGGGUCAGCAAUCGGCCACAGCAGCGUUCAUCUCUCAGUCCCAGAAUGCUCUGUCGCUUUCUGAGAUUCAGAAACUGGAGGAAGAGAGGGAACAGCAGGCGCAUGAGGAGCAGCGACGGCAACAGCAGGAGCUGUUGAAGCUCCAGCAGCAACAGGCCAUCCUCCUGGCCCAGCAACCCCCGGCCAAGCUUUCAGGCUGGGGAUGUGUAACCAAGCAGCCGGCUGCCACCAAGUCCCUGCUGGAGAUCCAGAGGGAGGAGGCUCAGCAGAUGAAACAGAGGAAAGAACAGCAGCCGCAGCAGGCCCAUCCCACAGUCACCCAGCACAACAGGACCCAGAACCGAGCUACCACACUGAGCUCGUCAGUGUGGGGGGCGGUAAAUGCAGCCACUGGAAACUCCAACUGGGGUUCCGAUCCUAGCAGCAUUUGGGGUGACACCCAUAACUCCAACAUUGGCUUCUGGGAUGAGGCAGUGAAAGAGGCCUCCCUGCCCCCUCCCCCUGCUACCAAAAAAGGCAACCCUCCAAAGAACAACAAGGGGAAUGCAAACUUGAGUAACUCGGUCAGUGGGCGUGCCAACAAGAAGGUGGAUGAAGAGGAGAAGCUGCUCAAGCUGUUUCAGGGGGUCAAUAGGAGCCAGCAGGACGGCUUCAUGCAGUGGUGUGAACAUACUCUGCAUAUGCUCAACACCGCCAACAACCUGGAUGUGCCCACAUUUGCAUCCUUCCUGAAGGAAGUGGACUCUCCAUACGAGGUGCACGAUUAUGUCCGGGCGUACCUGGGGGACACGCCUGAGGCCAAGGAGUUUGCCAAGCAGUUCCUGGACCGCCGUGCCAAGCAGAACGCCAACCAGCAGAAACAGGCUGGCCAAAACCAGCAGCAGCAGGAUUCGGUGUGGGGUGGAACAGAGCCCUCAUCUGUGUUUCAGUCCAACCACACCAGCCUACAGCAGCCACGCUUUGAGACAGUCACCUCAGGGAAGAAGAAGAAAAAACAGAAGAUGGUCCGCGCAGACCCAAGCCUGCUUGGUUUUUCUGUGAAUGCGUCAUCUGAACGGUUAAACAUGGGUGAGAUUGAGACGGUGGAGGACUUUUGAGGGACUGCUGCCAACUCCACUGACUAUAUCAACUCGGAUCGGCUGCCAUUUUACCGCCAACUUCGAAAUCCUGUAUCUUUAUUUUUUUUGUUAAAACUUUUAUUCCAGAGGCAGGGGUCCGUCUAUCACUGUCAGUCCAAAAACAUCAUUUUUAACCCUUUCAGGGAAAGGGAGAACAAAUAUUAAAACAUCCAAUUUCAGAGGGCGCACGGGGAACCACACAAAGCAGUGGAACGGAGAAGAAGUUUAGUCCAUCUUUCAUUGGUCUGUCCAUCAAUAACCUGCAAUAACACUUCCAAAUUACAGUUAUUCCCAAUGGACUUUUACAGAGGUGGCCAUAUGGAUUGAGUGGUGGGGAAAGAAGUUUCUGGAAAGUGUCUGGAUUUUUUUGUAUUAUUUAUUGAAAGUUUCCAAACUCCUUCAAUUUCUUUUCUAUAUUCCCCUUUAAACUCCUAAUUUCUGCCGGUUGUUUUUGGAUCAAGAUGGCAAGUAGCAUCCAAGAUUUGUGCCCAUAUAUGUCCUGUUUUAAGGACAUGUUUAAAGUUCCAAGUAGUUAUCUAUUUCUUGUAAAAUACUAGGCUGUUUAAAGAAUAAACUUUCAAUUCUGCAUCUGUAUUAUAAUAUAUAGAAAUGAACUGUUGGAGUCAUACUUUUUUAUUGCAGUAUGAAAUAAAGCAGUCUCUUGUGUGGGCUGUUUACACCU